AUUACCGCGAGGCAUUCGGACAUACACUCAAUUCUUCUUCAUCCUCCAGGAGGGGGCAAAGGAUUCAGUACGAGAUUCCAUGAAGUUGAGCUCAAGGUUCGGGACUAUGAGCUUGACCAGUUUGGUGUUGUUAACAAUGCUGUUUAUUCCAGUUAUUGCCAACAUGGUCGACAUGAAUUCUCUGAGAGAAUUGGCGUAAGCUGCGAUGAAGUUGCCCGGUCCGGUGGCGCAUUGGCUGUAUCCGAACUGUCGUUCAAGUACCUUUCUCCCUUGCGAAGUGGAGAUAGAUUUGUUGUGAAGGUGAGAAUCACUGGUUUCUCCAGUGUCCGACUCUACUUCGAGCACUUGAUCUUCAAGCUCCCAAAUCAAGAGCCUGUUCUGGAAGCAAAGGGUACAGCAGUUUGGCUGGAUGAAGAUUACCGUCCCGUUCGAAUUCCAUCAGACGCAAUAUCCAAACUCCGUCAGUUCCGUCAGUUGCAGGACUCUCAUGGACUCACGGCACCGCCAACACUAUGGCAGCUACUCUUUCCUAAUUACACAUUUACCCCUUAAUUUGUAAAAAAAAAAAAUUAAGAAUGUGUACUUUAUGCAAUAACCAAACUUUGUUAAUUAAUUAAUUAAUUAUUUACAUAUUUCUGAAUUUUAUCUUUUUAAUUUCGGUUAGCUUCAAAUCAAAUA